CACUAGCUAUAACAUUCCAUAAACUUGAUAGACUUUAUAUCAAAAGUAGCUUAAUUAAGGGUAGUUCUUAGUGAAAUUAUGGCCAACGUUAUUCCAGUGAAAAAGUUGGGCUCUACAAACUACACAGUUCCAGUUUCAGGCUUUGGAACGGCCACACAUCCUAUCCCGACACCAGAAGAAACAAAACAGGCGGUUCUCACCGCGAUUAAACUUGGGUACAGACAUUUUGAUACCGCGCAUAUCUACCAAACAGAGAAACCGCUCGGCGAUGCAAUAUCUGAAGCUCUUUCGCUUGGACUGAUCAAAUCAAGAUCGGAGCUCUUCAUCACUUCCAAGCUCUGGGCCACCGAAGCUCACCCUGAACGCGUCUUGCCGGCCAUAAAGAAUACACUCAAGAAACUUGGGACAGACUAUGUUGAUUUGUAUCUUAUUCAUUGGCCGGUGGCGUUGAAGCCAGAAACAAGUUUCCCCAUCAAGAAGGAUGACCUUCUUCUUUUGGAUUUUAAGGGUGUUUGGGAAAGCAUGGAAGAGUGUCAAAGACUAGGCCUCGCCAAGUCAAUUGGUGUCAGUAAUUUUUCAUGCAAAAAAUUGGAGACUCUACUUUCCACAGCAAAAAUCACUCCAGCACUUGUUCAGGUUGAGAUUAAUCCAGUUUGGCAACAGAAAAAACUAAGAGAGUUCUGUAAGGAAAGAGGAAUAUCAGUCGAGGCAUAUUCUCCCUUAGGAGGCGGCGACAACAAAAUAGCAUUUUGGGUGAAAAAUAGAGUCGGACACAAUCAGGUGCUCAAAGAAAUUGCCGAGGCCAAGGGGAAAAGCCUUGCUCAGAUUUGUCUUCGAUGGCUUUAUGAGCAAGGAGUUAGUUUCGUCGCAAAGAGCUUUAACGAGGAAAGAUUGAAACAAAAUAUGAGCAUAUUUGACUGGGAACUGAGCGCGGAAGAUUUAAAGAAAAUAGAGCAAAUUCCACAGGCAAAAGGAAACUCUGCAGCUUUUUUGGUCUCAGAAGCAGGCCCUUACAAGACUGUUGAAGAGUUUUGGGAUGGAGAGAUUUAAUUAAAAUGAAUAGCAAAAGCAUAACUUACCAGUGAAGGGUAUACAAAUUAAUAACGAAGGAGUUGGAGUACUCGGCUAAUAGAAAGUUACAAAAGUCCACGUAAUACACUUCAUGUCGAAUAAAUAAAGAAUCCAAGAACAUGGAAGGGCAUCAUAUAAGGUCGUAUUUUAUUGUGUAAUUUUCUUAUUUUAAUUUUAAUUUUUUGUAUCAUUUGCUUUAAUAGCUUGUAUUAAAUAUAUAUCAUAUGAGUGAAACUUAAAAUAAAGAUAAGCUUGAGCGUAGUUGUGAAUUUACAAUAUGGUCUCUCCCUCAAAAGAAAAAAGUAAAAA